AUAACAACACAACAAAUAUUUAGUUUGAAUUGUUCACUGCGUGCAAUAAAUUUGUGGAACAAAUGAGUAGCAAUAAAAUCAAAUUCAUUUUAAAUACCUCGGUCGAUUAUUUUUCAUUGCAUGGAAAAACCAACACGUAUGAUGAUUUGGCGAUAAGAGAAUUUCUCGAAAGCAACGAGCUAACGGUGUUGACUGCAAUAAAUCAUGGCGAUAAACUGAUUUUCAGCCACACUAUAACCGAAGAUGAAAAUUGUUUAGUUUUCUACAAAAUUCCGCAAAUCGGUAGCGCCAACAUUGCACGACAAUCAAGUACUGACACCGAUGACAACACAACAACUACCAACAUCGUAUUUCCAUUGGGUAUACUGACGCUGGAAGGUGGUUUAGCUAAAUCUAUUUAUAAUUCGAUAUCAAGAGUAUAUUCACCGUAUGUUGCCAAGAAAAUUCAAUAUCCAGCUGAUCUGCAAGUGCUUAUCGAAAAUUUGCAUUCGACAUUGGGUUUAACACUUGGUUUACCUCAAUCAAACAUUCAUUCGAUUCAGCACGAAAUUAAUUUUUGGAGCGAAAAGUCUCGUAAUGCAUCGGCCAAGUCGGAUAAAGAAGCGGCGAACGUGUUCUCAAUGGCCAUUGAAAAGCUGAAUCAAUUGCUCAGAAACGUUGCCACAAUCAACUCAUUGGAGGAAUUUCUGGACAGUAUUCACACUCAACUAGAUGAAUUAUGGCGACUACCGCAAAACUAUCCACAAAAUCGAAUGAUUGAUCUAAUGGAUAUUAUUUCGUUGAACGUAACGGAAUUUUGCUCGGAUCGGCUCCAUGAAAUUGAUGAUGUUUGGGAUGUCAAAUCAUUGCAUGUGUUUCAAACAUUGAACGAUAUUAUCGAGGUGAUUGAGUCUUGGAUACAAGUGUGCGACUCGUUAACGCGAUUAUUUUGGCCGAAUUACGCUCGACACGCUUGGAUUGGUGGCCCGCACAUACCAAAAACAGCAACACAAUACUUAAAUCGUCUGCAGGAGAUUCAAGCCAUUCGCAAUGUUUACAAGGAAAUUGUGUGUUUAUUCAACGAAAUCAAUCAGAUAGACAAAAGCGUACGGCGGAUAUUCAUUCCAUUCAGAGAUAUCGUGAUUUAUGACAUCAGCACCAUUGGCGAAAAGAAAUGGAAACGUGCAAUUGAAAAAUAUGAACAAAUUCUUGAGCCAAUUUACGAAAAAAUUUCCAUGAUAUUGAAAUCAAAGCUACACACCCACCUUGAUGAACCCGUCGAAAUCAUUCAAGUUUUUCGAAAAUAUGAAACAAUUUUAAAAAGUGCCGAUAUUAUGGAACUUUUAUCGGCUGAACGACAACAUUUUUUGCAAUCGCUUCAUAAAUUGAUGAAAGAGCUCAAAGAAUUAUUGGCUGAACCAAAAAAAUGUCCAGACGAUUCGGAAAUUUCAUCACUUUGUUGGGAAACCAAAGAAUUGAAACAAUUUCAAAAUGAAUUGAAUCAAAUCGAAAUGGUGUUAUUUGUGGUGACAGAUGUCGAGGGAUAUGAAUUGAUAAAAAAGUCGCUGGAUGAUUUGAAAGAGGAUACCGAAAAAUGGCUAAAAUCGAACUUUGAACAAUGGCGCGAUGAAUCUCUAACAUCAAUAUCAAUGGGAGAUUUAACAUUGAAGGAUGACAAACCGGUUGUGGAAUUCGAAAAGGAUGGACGUCAAUUGAUGCAAGUUACGUUUAAGCCAAAGCUGGUGAUGUUUUGCAGUGAUGUUCGUGAAUUUGAAGAUCUUGGUUUUCGCAUUCCAAUCGAGUUGAGAAAUACGGCCAUGCAUGCAAUCAAAUUUAUGGGCCAUGCUCGAAAAUUGCAACAAAUUGCUACUUUUCAUAAUACCAUCGGUGAUCGAAUGAUACCGUGCGUUCGUCCAAUUAUGUUGCAAAAUGCAUUGAAAUUAUCAAAUUUGGUGCGCAGCGAAUCGGUCGCAUGGAACGAUGAAAGUUCGGUUGAACGUUAUGUGUCAACGUUGCAGGUGGCUGUGAAUAAUUUGUCUCGUGACAACAAUUUUCUAACCGAAUACCAUGAAAAGACGAAAAUCAUUGUCAUGCGAUUAAUGAACACAGACUUGUUGCGGCAAAGUGAUGUGUGGAGAGAUGAAAUGAAAAAUCUACGAAACAUUGUUACAACGCUCGAAACAAAAGGCUACACAAACUUACAAGCAUUCAAAAUUCACUGGGAUCAUCAGCUUUAUAAAGUGUUGGAAUAUCAGUAUUUGAUUGGAAUUUCAGAUUUAAGCCAUCGCUUACCGGAUAUUCACAUUGACAUUGUAUUCAGACAACAAGAGAUUCAAUAUCGUCCAACGAUGGAAGAAAUACGCUCCAUUUACUACUCACAACUUAGACGAUUUAUCGAACGACCGCUCACCUUCAAAGGACUAUCCGAUCAAAGCACAAACAUUUUUAAAGCAAUGGUUGACAUAAAUCGUGACCGUUUCGCUGCACUUUAUGACAAAGCAGAGAAUUUAUUUGAACAACUGAUUGAGUUUCAAGAGGCUUGGCGACCCUUUGUCACAUUGGGCUGUGUGAACUUAGAAGACUUAUGCGAAAUUUAUUUGAAAAGCAGAGACGAUUGGGACAAAAAUUUCAAAGCUUGCAAACAAUUCAGUCAACAAAUUGCUAAAAUACCAGGAACUGAGAGUCGAAUUGAUUGUUUUAUGAUAAAUACGUCACCGAUUCGAUCGGAUAUUGAAUUUAUUAGCCGAAAAUAUUGGGAAACUUUAACAUAUAGUUUGCGUUCAUCGAUUUUAAAAGAUUUGACAAUGCUUCAAGAUUUUUUGAAUAGAUCGUCACAAGUUUUGCAAACGGUGCCCGUUUCGAUGGAAGAACAAUAUUUUGAGGAAUCGGCUAUGAAAUGUGAACAAAUUAUUUCCGAAUUGUCGACGAUGCAAGAAAUGUUGCAUUCAGUACAAGCGAAGGACUCUUGUUUGGCUGGUUGGUGUCGAGAACGGGUCAGUGCAUUGAAUGGUAUACUUAAUCAAUGGGAGCAAUUGCAGCCGUUGAUUGAUAAUCAUAGUGCAUCGUUGAAAGUGCAAAUUGAUGUGUUGAAAAGUCAAAUUGAAGUUCAAAUGGCCAAUUUAAAAGAUGAAAUUGAACGAUUUGAAAUUCGAUGGGACGCAACCAUUACCGAAUUGGAACAAAAUGAAGAGGCCAGUUUAGAAUUAUUUAAAGAUCGUUUACGUAGUUGGCUUACAAUUGAAGAGCAAAAAGAAAAAUUGGAAAAUAGUUGUAAUAAAUAUAAUAUGACAUUUGCAUCGGAAAUUUCGGAAAUUUUUGAAAAAAUUACGAGCGAUAUUGAGAGUCAAGGACAACAAUGGAAAGAUUUUGAACAAUUUUUAAGCGAAUUUGAUAAUAUUUGCGGUGAAGAAUGGACAGUUUACCGAAGAAGACCAUACAUUUUAACCGAUUUUAUGUCGAAAUGGUUGAGCAAAACCAAUUCGACAAAUGACCAAAAGAUUGCCACCAAAAGGAUUAACAAGAUUUUAAAGGGUCUACAAGCAGCUGCACCCGUUCUGCAAACACUUCAAAGCGAUGGUUUGACCGAAAAGCAUUGGGCAAAAAUCUUUUAUCUUAUGAAUAAACCGUAUAAACCAUUCCAUGAUAUUACAUUGAAGGACACACUGAGUGAUUUAGAUGUGUUGGUUAAAAAUGCCGAUGAAAUUCAUCAGCUGGUUAGAAAAGCGGCAUCUGAACAAAUUGUACGUCAAGCUUUGAGCGAAUUAGAUCAAUGGGGUGUACAAGCCGAAUUGAAGACAUUCACGCACACCGACUCACUGGGAAAUCAUAUCACACUAAUAAAAGAAUUUCAAGAGAUUCAAAAUAAGGUUGGCGACAAUCAAUGUUUAUUGCAAUCGGCUAAAAAUUCAUCGGCAUACGAAUCGUAUGCAGACCAAGCGGAAAUUUGGGAAUCACGUCUUGCAUCAACUGACCAUAUUUUAACAAGUUUAAGUCAAAUACAACGAAAGUGGAUUUAUUUGGAACCGAUUUUUGGUACCGAGAAUCCAUUGUCCGAAGGUGCUGUAUUCAAGCAAAUCAACAAAGAUUUCCGUUAUAUAAUGAAAGAAAUUGCAAGCGAUCCACGUGUGCUGUCAUUAGUUAAAGUGCAUGGCAUUACGAAUAUCAUCGAUUCACUCGAAAAUCAACUAAAUCGAUGCCAAAGCACUCUGACUGUAUUUAUAAACACAAAACGCAAUGCAUUUCCACGAUUUUAUUUCCUCAGUGAUGAUGAUUUGUUGGAAUUACUGGGACAAUCGACAAAAGAGCCAAUCAUUCAAAAGCAUAUAAAAAAGCUUUUCCCCGGAAUAAAUCGUUUAAAAAUCGACCAAAAUAAUGGUUCAACUUCAAUUGUGAAAAUUAUGAGCGCUGAAAAUGAAGAUGUUAAACUAUUGGAGCCAAUUAAAAUGAUUGGUCCGAUUGAAACAUGGUUGAGCCAUCUACUCAAACAAAUCAAAAACACGUUAAUCGAUUUGAUUGUGCGAUGUAGUCAAGUGGAUAAAUUUAGCAUCGAUGUGAUAAAAUCGUAUCCGGAACAGGUGAUUUGCUUAGCACGGUCUAUUCAAUUCACAAAGCAAACAGAAAAAGCGAUUAGUGCAAUGAAUCUUCAAACGCAUUUAAAGACGAUUAAGAAUGAAAUCGUCUACUAUACAACGAAAAUACCAAAGGAUAUCGAUAAUCUGACGAAAAUCAAAGUGCGAUCAAUUUUAUUGGAUUUAGUGCAUCAUGCAACGAUUGUUCAACAAUUAAUUGAUGAGAAUGUAACAAAUGUAUUGGAUUGGGGUUGGACGCAACAAAUGAAAUUUUUUUUAAAUUCCACCACAAAAGUGGUCACGAUAAAAAUGGUUUCAGCCGAAUUUGAAUAUUCGUACGAAUAUUUGGGAAAUGUGAACCGUUUAGUUGAUACAAAACUCACGCAUAAUUGCUAUUUGACAUUGACACAGGCCAUGCAAUUGGGCUUGGGUGGAAAUCCAUUUGGUCCGGCUGGAACGGGUAAAACGGAAUGUGUCAAGUCUUUGGGUGCAAUGCUUGGACGAUUAGUACUCGUUUUUAAUUGCAGUGAAAAUGUCGAUGUUACCGCAAUCAGCCUAAUUUUAUCCGGUUUGGCAAGAUGUGGGGCGUUCGGUUGUUUUGAUGAAUUUAAUCGUUUACAAGAAGCAACACUGUCGGUUCUAUCGAUGAUAAUUCAACCAAUCCAAAGUGCCAUUCAACAGAAAAGUGAUACCGUCACCAUUUUUAGUGAAAAGAUCCCACUGAAUUUGCAUUGUGGCAUUUUUGUAACAUUAAAUCCGGCUGGUGAAGCAUAUGGUGGACGGCAAACAUUACCAUCGAAUUUGCAAGCAUUGUUUCGGCCAAUAGUGAUGCAACAACCGGAACCAAAAGAUAUUGCACGUGUUAUAUUGUUUGUUGAAGGAUUCGAAUUUGCCGAAACAAUUGGCGCAAAAAUGGUUGAAUUAUUUAAUAUGGCAAAGAAGAUGCUUUCACCACAAUGCCAUUAUGAAUGGGGCUUACGCGAAUUGAAAACCGUUUUGCUUGCCUGUGGGUGUUUAUUAAAACAAAUGGCCAACGAUACCGACACCACCAACAGCACCAACGACACCAAUCAUCGGAAACGUGAUGAAGACUUUGAAAUGCGUUUGGCCGUUAAUGCACUUCGCAUGAAUACAAUGUCGAAAUUAACAGCAAACGAUUGCAAACGAUUUGAUAUGCUAAUUGGAUAUGUUUUUGCAAAUACAACCAUCGAUAAGAUGCAACAAAAUGUUUUACAACAAUCCAUUGAGCAGGCGUUCGAUCAGUUGAAUAUGCAACAAAACGAAAAACAAUUGGAAAAGUGCUUACAGCUAUACGAGCAAUUGGAAAAGCGUAUGGGUGUCGUUGUAUUAGGGCCGCCAAACUGUGGAAAAACUACCAUUAUAUCGCUAUUGAAACAAGCCAUUUUAAACACCGGCAAAGUAAUUAAAACUUAUACGAUUUCACCGAAAUCGAUGAAUCGCAUACAAUUGCUUGGCCAUCUCGAUCCGGAUACGCGACAAUGGAAUGAUGGAACAUUAACAUCGGCUGCGAUUGCUGUUAGUGAAGAAAAUGCCGAUGUGAGCUCAUGGAUUAUAUGCGACGGCGAAAUUGAUCCAGAUUGGAUUGAAGCAUUAAACUCGGUGCUCGAUGACAACAAACUUUUAACAUUACCAUCCGGUUGGCGUAUUCAGUUCGGUGACAAUGUUAACUUUAUAUUUGAAACGCACGAUCUAAUACAUGCGUCUCCGGCAACCAUUUCUCGAAUGGGAAUUGUAAACUUGAGCGCAUCCGAUUUAUCCGAACAAAUAAUAUUCGAUUCACGUUACAUUAUGCAAUCAAAUCCGGAUGCGUAUGAGACACUCAUCGAACAAUAUGUUAAAAAAGCAUUCAAUUGGUUACAAAAGAAGUCAAUUGAACUAUCGACAAUCGGAAACAUUUGCAAUAUUCUAAACUAUACGAACGAUGUUCGAUUGAAGGAAGAGUUUUGUGUCCGGCUUGUUUAUUGUUUGGGUUAUGCGUUAGAACCAAAAUAUCAUGAUGCAUUUGCAACAAAGGUGUUUGAAUUGGCUGAUAUCUAUAUACCAAGUGGAAAGGAAAGCAAAUAUUGUUUCUUCAAUAAAUAUCGCGAAGCAGUCGAACUAUAUGAAUCCGAUGGCAUGGUUGAUCUAGACUCAAUUGAUAAUGUUGCAAACUUUUUGAUAAAAACGACCAAAAUCAAAACGUAUUUGAGCAUUUUAAAAAUUUAUCUUGAGCAAGGGAUCCCAUUCAAUAUCAUUGGACCGUCUGGAUCUGGAACGAGUCUUCUUCUGCAUGCUGCUGUUAAUGAUUUGGACGGCUAUCAAUUGUUGACGAUAAACUGUAGCUCUCAAUUGACCGCAUCUUAUGUUUUAUACAUGUUAAAACAGAACUCAAUGGUUAUAACUGGUUUGAAAGGUCGUGAGUAUCGGCCACAUCUCAAUAAAACGGUUUUAUUUUUCAAAAAUAUUGAUUUGUGCAACAUCGAUAAGUAUGGUAGCUGUGAAAUUAUGGAGCUCAUUGUACAAUUGAUUCGACGUUGCGGUUUCUAUACUGAAUUACUCGAAUGGAUAAAUGUUACCGACUUAAUUAUUUGUUGUUCGAUGGUUAAUAUUCAAAAGCAUCAAUUUUCACCGCGUUUUUUAUCGAUUGUACAGAAUUUUUAUGCUGAAUUUCCAAAUGACACGGAAUUGAAUUUAAUAAUGAAAAACCAAUUUUCACCGAUGAGUGCUCGCUUCAAGCCAGCUAUCAAUGAGAAACGUGUUAAUCAAAUUGUCGAAUGUCUCAUUGAAAUGUAUAACGAGAUUAACAAGAACUUCACCAGAGAUCAACGCAAUCACUAUAUUUUCACACCAAAAAUGCUAUCCAAAUUGAUCGAUGGCUUGAAAUUUUAUCCGGAGAGCUAUUUUCAACAAGCAUUUUACAAUGAGAUGAAGUGCAUUUUCCGGAAUCGAUUGACCACCGAACCACAUAAAGAUAAAUUUGAUCGAAUUUUGCAGUCUUCAAGUCGAACUCUAUUUGAUAUUGAUCAAUCGAAUCACUUUUUUGUACCGAGCGGAAGCCAAUCGUCUGCAUUACAAUAUACGACGCAACAAGAUUGGACGGAUAUUGUAAAUCGAAAUAUUACGAUUUGCAAUACGGAAGAUAUUGUCCUAUACACCGUUGUCAAUGAUUUACUUUUGGAUGCGACUGCUUCGAUUUGUCGUACAUUAUCGCGAAUGGAAUCGCACAUUUUACUUGCUGGUCCAACUGGAUCGAAUAAGAUUGAUGCACUUCAUAUUGCUUGCACGCAUCUUGGCAUUAACAUGACAUCAAUAACACCUGUUAAAAAUUACAACAUCAAUGACUUUUAUAACGAUUUAAAAAUGGCCAUGCAAUCAGCUGCACUGGACGAACAUCAUGUGGCAUUUUUUGUUGAACAUGCGUGGAUUGCAUAUUUGCCUGAAAUUAUGAAUCCAAUCGAAGCGGUGCUGGAAGGCAGUGAAAUACCGAAUUUGUUUGGUGAUGACUUGGAAACAAUCGCCAAACCAUUGAAAUCGGCUGCACAACAGGACGGCUUCCAAGAGUCAUUGAGCGCUUAUUUUUGGUCGAGAAUAAAUCAGCGUCUUCAUAUUGUCCUCUGUUUGGAAAGUGAAAGUCAUAGCAUUGACGAAUUAUUCGAAAGUUAUCCAUCACUUUAUAAAUCCACUGAAAUCGUUUGGAUAUCAAGCACACCAAUUGCAUCUUCCGAAUAUGUGGCAAAGGAAUUGACCGAAAAAUUCUGCGGUGACACAAUUCCCGCACCGAAACACUUGAACAUAUUAGAAUUUUGUUCGACUGAAUGGAAUGAAUCGGCUUAUCGUUUUCGAAAUUUAAUUUUCACUUAUGGUACACUAUACAGAGAUAUGUUGUUCACUAUACAGAAACAACAAAAUAUUCUUCAGACUGGUGUGGAUAAGUUGUCAUCGGCUCACGAAGUGGUUCAUAGUUUGAAACAAGAUGCAGAAAAACAGGAAGUUGCACUGGCCGAAAAGAGAGAAAUGGCGAAUAAUGCUUUGGAAAUGAUUGCGUCAACCAUGAAAAGUGCGUCGAAUCAAAAGGACGAUUUACUCGAAUUGAAAAAUAAAGCCCAAGAAAAUGAAUUAUUAUUAAAGAAACGAAAAGAAGCGGUUGAGCUUGAAUUGCGUGAAGUUGAACCGAUGUUGAAUGAGGCCGUUUCGGCCGUUGGUCAAAUCAAAACGGAAGCAUUGUCUGAAAUUCGUUCACUUCGUGCACCGCCUGAUAUUAUUCGAGAUAUUUUGGAAGGUGUACUGCGUUUGAUGGGUACACGUGACACUUCGUGGAACAGUAUGAAAUCAUUUCUUGCAAAGCGUGGCGUUAAAGAAGAUAUUCGAUCACUGAAUCCGGCUCGCAUUAGUAUGGAAAAUUGUAAUGCUGUCGCAAAAUUAAUGAACGCAAAAGCCGAAUCGUUUGAUUUGAAAAAUGCAAAACGUGCAUCGGCUGCUGCUGCUCCACUCGCCACAUGGGUUAUUGCCAAUGUAAAAUAUUGCAAAGUUGUACAAAGCAUCAAACCAUUGGAAGAAGAACAAGAACAAUUACAGAGAAAUCUACGCGAAUCCGAAAAUAAUAUGAAAUUAUUGAAAAGUGGAUUAGACGAUGUUGAUGCACGCGUCAAAGAACUCUCAGUGCAAUUGAACAUUUAUACACAAGAGGCGGCCGUUCUUGAGCUUAAACUUGAAACGGCUAGAAACACACUGCAAUCGGCAGAAGUUCUAGUUACCAAACUUAGCAGCGAAUAUGCAAAUUGGAAGCUACAGUUACAGGAUAUAAACAAAAAUAUCGGCCAAAUUGAUUUAAAUGCAUUUUUGAUUGCAUUCUCCAUCACACAUCUAUCACAUCUUUCAUUUGAGAAGCGACAGACGAUGAUGGAUAUGAUUUGUGCAAAACUCAAACUUGAAGAUGUCAAUGUAAUGGAUAGAAUUCUAUCCGAACAAGAUCGUAUAAUAUGGGAGAGUAUGGGUCUUACUCCCGAUGUUCAAUCGAUGGAAAAUGCGGCUUUAUUAACAAAAGUGUUGACGACUCCAUUUGGAUCAACGCCGAUUCCAAUGCUGAAUGAUCCGACAAAAAGUGCCGUUAAUUGGUUGUUGAAGUACUUGAGUUCAAAAGAUAUACCGUACGAAAUAACAACGCAACAUUCCGAUCGUUUCACCUACACUCUUGAAUUGGCCAUUCGAUUUGGUAAAGUGUUAAUUGUGGAUGAUUGUAGUGAAAUUAAACCUCCAUUACUUGCGAUCAUUUCGUGCAUCGUUCAAAUGCGUUUCAAUAAGAAAUUUCUACAAGUUGGAAACAAAUUGGUUGAUUUCAAUGAAAAUUUCAAAGUUAUUUUAUCAUCAAGGGGCACCGGUCAGUUUUCAAAUAAAACUAGAAUCCUUGAUACCUUUAUUAUGGUCAUUCCAUUUACAACUACGAUUGCUGGACUUACGGACCAACUAAUGAGCAAGUCAAUUCAAGUGAAACAACCUGAAUUGGAAACGAAGCGCAUUUCAUUGCUACAAAAUGAAAGUGAUUUACUUAAGAAGAGAGAAGAAUUGCAAGAGAAGUUAUUGUUUGAAUUAUCGAAAUCGCAAGGCGAUAUUUUGAAAAAUGAAAAAUUGCUAGAAACACUGAACGAAGUAAAGACAAGUAGUUCACAAAUUGAUCAAUCACUACAUGAAUCGGUUGAAAUCAAAAGAAAAUUAAUGAGCGAAUAUGAUCAAUACAAAGAUGUAUGCAGUCGUGCUGCCAGUUUAUAUGUGGGAAUAAAUCAAAUCUAUGCAAUGCCUGUGAAUGUAUUCAUGUCACUUUAUGUGAAAGGCAUCAGUUUGGAAAAAGAGUUUGAUCAACGUAGAAUAUUCGAACAAGUAGUCAAGUCAACUUACAAUAUGAUAAGUCGUGCGUUGCCAAAAGACGAACACUUUGCUCUAGCAUUGCAUAUACUCAAGGGAGCACAUCCUGCAUUCGUUCCGGAAAAGGAAUGGGAAUCAUUUAUUACAAACUUUGCGCUGGUCGAUGAAAAUGGUGAUCAUGAAAUACCAAAUUGGAUAAAAAAAUCGAUUGCACCAAAGGUGAUAUCAUUAAAAAUAAAUCACAAUGAUUUGUACAAUAAACUUCAAUUGGAAAAUGAAGAGUUAUGGCGAUCGUUUUUGAAUAGUACAACACCAAAUGAUUUACCAGUGCAUGUAACCGAAUUGCAAAAAAUUUUAGUCACACAAAUUUUCCGGCCAGAUUUACUUAUCGCCACAAUGACACGGUCGCUUUCAAAGCUUCUCAUGACGAACGUUCCAUGCGAAUUAAAACCAAGCAUUCAACAAUUAUUCGAUGAAACAAAAGAAGAUGAACCAAUUCUAUUUAUUACAAAUGGUGAAAUUGAUCCAUCAAAAGAUGUGUCCGAUUUUUCGCAUCAUAAAUUUGGUAGCAAUAAAUUCAUGGAAAUGGCCAUUGGAAAAGGUCAAGAGAAAGGUGUGAUGCAACAAAUUCGACAAGCAGCACAAAAUGGCACUUGGAUUUGCAUAAAAAAUGUACAACUAGUGCCAAAUUGGUUAAACGAUUUGAAUGAAUUAUUACAAACGCUAUCGUUUUGCGAUGGUUUUCGUAUUUGGCUUGUUUGUGAUGGAAUCCGUGUGUUUCCGCAAUCGUUAUUGAAUAAGUGCAAUAAGGUUUUAUACGAAGCGCCCAAUAGUAUAAAAUCGAAAGUUCAGCGAUUGAUUCAUCAGUGGCGAAGUCUAUUGGAUAAGAAAAGAGAUGCCAAACUAUUAAAAAUUUACAUCGCUUUAUUCAUUUUUAAUGCUGUUGUACAAGAAAGACGCUCAUUUGUACCACAAGGUUGGACAAAACCAUAUGAAUUUUCGGAUGCCGAUUUGAAAGCAGCUAUUGAUAUAAUCGGUUCGAUGGAAAAAAUGGCAUCGUUUAAAAUGGAUUGGUCAAUUUUAAAGGAAAUGUGCCGUCUCAUUGCGUACGGCGGUCGAAUUGAUAAUUCACGAGAUCAAUUGAUUUUGAAAGCCAAUUUUGACGAAUUUUUCAACGAUAAAAUGAUGACAAACGCAUGGUCACCACUUGAAUUGAAAUGCCCAAUUCCAUUGUCGAACAAUGUUCAAGAUUAUUUGAAUGCACUAUUUCGUUUACCGGAUGCUGAUAAUCCAGAGGCAUUUGGCCUGUCAUCGGUCACCAUUUUAAUUCGCGAUGCAAUCAUGUGUCGCAAUAUUUUGAAGCAAUUGAGACACUCGGAACUCUCAAUGGACACCCGGAAUUUCGAUAAAAGAAUCAAACCGAUUCUUAGUCUUUGGCGAAAAUUGAACGAAGGUGUAAAUUUGACAAAUUCGAGCGACAUAAUUCAAAUGCAAAGUACCGAUUCAUCAAAUCCAUGGACGCUUUUUGUCAUAUCAGAGCUUCUGAUGGCAAAAAAUAUAUUCAAAACCAUUUACAACACGUUGAGUAUGAUUCAUGUUGCAAUGAAGGAUGUGUCAUCGUUAACGCGUGAUACAUUGAAUUUAAUUCGUAUAAUAUGUGAAAAUCAAGUGCCAUUUAAAUGGCGUCAGAUUUGGUCAGGACCGCGAUUCAUUGUCGAUUAUAUCAAGGCAGUGGUAAGCCGUGGCAUUGAGGCUGAACGUCGGUAUCAGGGUAGUAUUCACAUUGAUUUCGGCGAGGAAAUCGAUUUCGCCAAAGUUUAUAAUGUCGAAUCAUUUUUGGCCGCAUUGAAAUUGCAAAAUGCACGUGAACUUGAUACAUCAACAUGUGAAUUAGAACUUGUUUCCAGUUUAUCAGGUCAAGUGCAUUCAUUACCGACAACAAAAACCACUGUCACAGCACUAACGGUUGAUGGCGCUGCAUGGAAGGACAAUAAAAUUGUUUUAAACUUACCCGAAUUUGGAUCACCGUCAAUAAUCAAAAACUUAACUUUGACAUAUACAACGAAAUCUAUUCACAGCGACAAACAUAACGUUGAAUUACCUUUAUAUAGCAAUUCAGCGCGUAAUACAUUUAUUUGCUCAUUAAAUGUAGCAGCUGGUGCCUCUUAUGAUUCAGUCAUUCUGUCUGGAGCCGCACUUAUUGUGGCUGACAUUUGAACAUUUGACAACAAAAAAAUAAUCACAAUAAAUAGCUAUUAUCAUAAUAAUAUAA